UGAAGUGAAUUACACUAGUAAAACGAAUGGGGCUUUAAUCCUUCGUUUAUACCAGGAGGAUGCACGCCAUAGACAUCCCAAAGUCACCAAAUUUUUGUUACCGGAAACGGAAAGCUCAGAGAAAGAAGAGAAAAAUCGAAGAACGCAACACUAAAUUGGUGAUGGCAACAGCUGUUCUUUGAUUUCGAGAGAAUCAAGCUAGGGCAUUUGGGAGAGAAAGAAGUUGUCAGGUAGAAGUAAACGACUUAGAAAGAAGGAUGAAAAGCCAAAGAAGUUAUGAGCCACCUCCUUACAUUCCCUUGGGACAAUCAGAUUCUGAAGCAGACAUUCAGCAUAAUAAAGAUCCUCUCACUCAUCACCGUGUUAGUGAGGGGCCAUCCCAAUGGUCGUCUGGAAUCUGUGCAUGCUGCGAUGAUUUGCAGAGCUGUUGUAUAGGCUUAUUUUGCCCCUGCUUUCUCUUUGGAAAGAAUGCAGAAUUUCUGGGUUCUGGAACAUUGAUUGGAUCGUGCACGACCCAUUUUAUUCUGUGUGGACUCCUUAGUACCGUCUGCUGCUUAUUAACUGAUGGCCUCUUGUUGGGUUUACCUGCAUGCUUCGUUGCUUCUUAUGCUUGUGGCUAUCGCAGGGCUCUACGAUCAAGGAAGCACCAUGCGGAGACUUUGUUACGCAUCUCUUCUGUCAUCUGUGUGCUAAUUGUCAAGAAUACAGGGAGAUCCGUGAAAGAUCGGGAUCAAGUCCUGAUCUUAACCUGGCCAUUGUUACAGCUCCGCCAGUUCAGAAGAUGGAAUCAGCCUCAGAGAGCAACGCCGCCGCCUAGACAUUCUCGUGAGCCAGAUGAGUGGUAUCUUGGCUCAAGUUGUAUCAUGAGGAUUGUCCGUACACUUGUUACAUUUUGUUUAUGACUUGUAUGUCUGUUGAUAAGGUGAUUUGAGUUUCUUCAUUGUACUGGUUUGGCUUAUCUUCAACCUAUAUGUUGUCCCCUUAGCUGUUCGCUUUUACUCGAUGCAGAAUUCUCAAGGCUCCUUUCUCUACUUUUAUUUUCUAAUUAAGAAAAUAUGUAAUCUGACAAUUUUUACUGCAAAAAUUUAUUGGGUAUUUAUGAUUUUGUA